AUAAUCCCAGUACAAUCACUUUAACCUGAGAGUGACAAGGCACCCUUUAAAAUUAUGGACAGUCCCGAGGCACCCUUUAAAAUUAUGGACAGCCUUGAAGCACCCUUUAAAAUUCUGGAUAGCCUUGAAGCACCCUUUACAAUUAUGGACAGUCUUGAAGCACCCUUUAAAAUUAUGGACAGUCUUGAGCCACUCUUUAAACUUAUGGACAGUCUUGAGCCACUCUUUAAAAUUAUGGACAGUCCCGAGGAACCCUUUAAA